AUGUUAUUGUGGUUGCGUUAUUUGAAACAGCUUGAGCUGGCGUGUGCAGAAUUGCCGCCAGGUGGCGCUCGAGACAAAAACAUGUGUGAGGACGAGGAAUGGGGAAACGAGAACGAGGCGAUGCCGGGAGAACCACGCACGCCGAGCUCAGGAGGCGAGCGACCUGCGUCCAGUGGCGGUGCGUCACCAGUGUCUGCUGCCUCUGCCACAUCGCCAGCCGCGUCACCACCGCGCCUGCGCCUAAACGCUAGCCUGGCGACGGACCCGGCAUUAGCGCCACAAGCCACUACGCUCAAGCAUGAACCGCCUUCACCGUCGCCCCCGCCGGCACCUCCUACACAGCAAACAGCUAGAGAUUACCUCGCGUUAACGGCGGCGGCAUUUCCGGGUCUAUUCAACGCCGCACCUACAGGAUAUAUGUGCAAGCCAUGCGGUAUUAGAUAUUCUUCUCUCAGCACACUCCAAGCACAUCAAGAACACUAUUGUUCAAAUCGACGACCUAAGACAGCAGAUGGAGAAACGCCUGCCGAUCCAGCUGUAGACGAAUCUAGUAGCGAGGCAAAAACGCCGCGUCCGCCCGGCAAGCAGUAUGCCUGCACUUACUGUUCCUACAGCGCUGACAAGAAAGUCAGCUUAAAUCGUCAUAUGCGAAUGCAUUCAUCGUCACCUAUUAGCAGCGGAACUCCAGCGCCCACGCCUACGUCCAAUGGCGAAGCUACUGAAGGCCCCCCCGCGCCAGAUCGCUAUUGCGCCGAUUGUGAUAUUCGUUUCAAUUCAAUCAAAACGUUUCGAGCGCACAAAACACAUUACUGCAACACAAGACAAGUCGUGAAACAAGCCCUGGCUGCUGCUAGAGGAGGUUCAGCUACCUCAGGGUCCGCUCCACCUUCUCCAGGUGCCACUCCUCCAGCACAGAAUCAAUACGCACUAGCUCUACCGACGAAUCCAAUUCUCAUUGUUCCAUACUCAUUACUGAGAAGCGCAAGUACACUCCCGGGAACCACAUUGCCGGAUCCUGACACGCCAUGCUUUUUGUUACCCAAUGGAACGUUCCAACCCUUAAGUAGAGCAAUUCCGAAUUUAAAUGCCGAUGGAAAAGAACCAGAGGUUUUAAAAUCAGCCAAUCGACCCCGAGAGCCUUCUAGAGACGGUGCUACACCGCUUGAUUUGAGCGUGCGAAGAUCACCAGAGUCAGUAACGAUCGACGAUCAUGAGAAAGAAAACAGAAUAAGAUCCGCUACUCCAGAGCAAAUUGUUUGUGCUCCAUCUUUGCCAGGAUCCCCAGGCACUCUAUCACCAUCACCGAGACGGUCUUCAUCUCCCAGUGGUGAGAGCUCCCCAAAACGUAGACGUCGCAAUUCUAGAGGACCAACUCCAAAACCACCAAGCAUUCCAUCGCCACCAGAAGAAAAGUUUACUCCGAUAGUACCGGCUACAAUAUUGCAACCCGCUUUAGCAUUGCGCCUUGCGUCAGAGUUGCCUGUCACCACGGCAUCGCCUCAAGUGCUAGUCAAACAGGGUGUGUCAAAGUGCAAAGAGUGCAAUAUCGUGUUCUGCAAAUACGAGAACUAUCGAAUCCAUAAACGUCACUAUUGUUCGGCUGGCGGUGGGGAAGAAAGAGCGAGUCCUGCACCUCCAGAGCCUGGUCCUCCUCCACAAUACCGUCAACUGAUCUGCAUGGCGUGUGGAAUACAUUUCAGUUCUCUCGACAACUUGACGACUCAUCAGUCUUACUAUUGCACUAAAAGAGAGACUAGGUCUCCUCGUAGUGUACCUGAAAUUCCGCGCCCAGCGUCAGGUUCUGAAGGGGGAUGGAAAUGUCCUUGCUGUGAAGUGGUAUCGCCGACUGCGGCAGCUGCACAGCGCCACAUGGAGGCUCACUCCGGGGUAAAAGCAUUUCGAUGCACUAUCUGCCGGUACAGAGGAAACACACUGAGAGGGAUGCGUACUCACAUCCGCAUGCACUUCCCCAAAAAGCCUGCAGAUCUACAGGAAGAGAGCUUCAUCGCGUGCGUGCUCGAAGAGGACAACAGGGAAGCCACUUCUCCAAGCCCCGCUGCCGCGGGAGACCGCGUCCACCGCUGCUCUCACUGCGCUUAUACCUCGACCUACCGCGGUAACGUCGUGAGACACGCAAGGCUGGUCCACGCUACUGAAGAACCGGAGUCCGAGGAAACAUCCCCUGUGGCUGCAGCCCCAGCCUUACCAACCGUCCCAACGGUUGAUAUUAAAAAGGAACCAGAAACUGAAGUGGAAGAAACACCGAAUUACUGCAAAUCGUGCGACAUCUCAUUUAAAUACGUUAACACUUACAAGGCUCAUAAGCAGUUUUACUGCACUGCUAACAACCAAGAAGCAGCGGCGAAUAAUAAUGUGCCUAACGUUCCUGCACCUCCCCCUGCAAGAGUCAACGAUGCACCAGUUGGGUGAAAUUUCCAUUUAUGGAUAGACCUUUUAAGUUUACAUGCUCCAUUUUACUACCAACUGAAUAAUGGAGAACUUAAAGCCGAUAUUAAAAAGCAAGCACGAGCAUGACAUAUACCUAACUAGCACGGCAUAACACAUGCUUCAGCUUAAAGGGCAUUUUCUUCUUAUUAUUAAUUAGUACAGUAAGAAUGUAUCUCGUUCGGAUUUAUAAUCAAAUAAUGUGCAAUAAAAAUUUAUAUUAAAAACGAUAUUCAAUUAAUCAUGUACUGCAUAUCAAAGCCAAAAUCGAAAUUUAGAACUCAACGGUUCGAAUGAAUGAUUGAAUGAAUGGAAAACCUUGGCUAAUGUACAUAAGCCCUCAUUUUAGAAUAGGAUUUUGUUACAAAACUUGUUACUGUAUAAAAACUAGUUAGAAAAGUUGAAAACCUCUUCGUCUUCGUAUUAGUAUACGUUAAAAUUUACCAAAUUGUAAAUAUUUGUAAAGAUAUUAUUACUCUGUAACUAAAUUUUAUUACCAUUUGUUCUAAGUGAUUGUUCUUUCUUUGUUGUUAAUUUUUGUUUAAUAUUAAUUAAUUAUUAGAAAAUUUAAAGUACUAUUAUGCAUUUGAAUGCUCAUUCCGUGAUGUUUUUUUUACCUGCCAGUGGUUUCUCAACAUAAAACUAAAAACUGUAUCCCAUCUGGGCUAAAAAUAGAAUUAACGUUUACAAAGCAGGUAUUGUGAUACGAGUAUAUUGCCUGCAUAGACCUAAUUUUCGCGAUUCUAAGGCAAAAUUUGUACAAAUGUGAAGCAGUAAACUUGUUGUGAAAUUUAGCUUACGUAAAUAUCAAUAAAUGGAAUUCCACUACAAAGAAUUCUAUUACAAGAAAAAGACUUUCAAAUCGUAAAUAACGUAUGACAGCAAAUAGCCAGAACUUCUUAGCGUUUGCACAUCUGUACAAAUUGUAACCUUAACCUGUAACCUUACCUAUAAUUAAGCACUUAAUUUCACAGUCUUAGUACAUUUCGUUAUUUUUAAAACUUAAUCUUCCUGAUAAAAGGUAAUUUUGCAAUGCAUUUCAAAUAUGUAAAGAUAUUAAGGCUUCGAUCACACCCUACGUUAAUCGCCAUUUAUUCAUUCAAAAUAUAAGAAAUUGAACGAAUGGUUUACCUAGCGCAGACUAAAGUCUAAAACAUUUCGUCACUAGAGAACAAAUCGGGUAAUAUAAAAGCUAUCAAAAAUAUCCCGGAUUGGAUACUUUUUAGACAGCAGUACCUAACGCGCCCUCUAGCGAGCGUUUUGAUUUUAGUCCCUGCGGUUUGGUCUAAGCUGAAAAUAUGUAAGAUUCCAGCAAAAUACCAUGUUUUGUCUAUGCCAAAGCAUCGCUAGAGUUAUGUAAUUUGCAUUUAUAGGUAUCUCACUAAUUAUAGUUAUAGUAUUAAGUGAAUACAAGACUUGUUCCGUAGAUAUUACUAUGUAUCGUGUAUUCGUGUUUGUCAGGGAAUGAGUCUCGAAUUUCCGCGUUGAAAUAAUGCAGGUAUAAAGUUGAUGUUCCGACUUAUGACGUCAUAUAUUCGUACAAUCUUCGACAAAACAAAUCAUUGAUUCAAUGUGAUUAUUGUAGUCUAAGACAUGUAUUGUUUGUUUAAACUAAACUCUUAUAAAAUAUUAUCACGUUUACGAUUGAACGAAUGGUUUUUCCUUUCGUAUUACUGUAAAGGUGCCCUUAUCUAAAGAGUAUCUUUAAAAUUUUUGUCGGCGAUUGUACAUGAAAUAAUAGAACGACGUAAUUGAUCAUGACAUAAUUAUAGAAGUACAGUAACGUAAAAAAGUAUCUGAUAUGUCGUGCCAUAUUCUGUGUUCUUGAAGUAAAGUCUUGUAGCGACAUCUCGAAUAAAAUAUCAUUGAAUUAACGUACUAUAAAUGUAUCUAACCAUUGCGUUUGUCGUUUUGGGUGACUUUAGUGUAUCUUCUUUAUAAAUUUAACUGCUGCCAUAGUACAAGUAGCUAUUAUAUCAAUUCUUAAUCCGGUUUGAAUGACAAUAGACCUAGCGGUCUACAAAUCGUAGCCGUAUAUAAAUCCGUCUAAGUGGAGAGAAGUAUUUUAUGAGGUUAUUCAUUAAACUAAGGGUCUCUCAUUAUAAUAACAAAAUAUUACUUAUUUGUAAGUCAAAAGCACUUGAAGUGGUGCCAUUUUAAGCCGGGUACAAACUAGCGAGCUGCAACCGUAACCGUUGCAUGUUAUGUUACCAAAAAUCAUAGUGUGUACGUAUUUUGCGAGCUUGCCGCGAACGAAACACGUGCAGGUCGCAAUGAACCGACGAUAACCAGGUAGUCAUUCUAAGGAGUGAAGCGUUUCACGCGUACACACUAGAACUAGGGCUCGCUCGAGGUUACGCGAUAAAUGCCUACCGCUGAGGGUAUCGCCGACAGUGCAAGCGCUCAAACAUAUCUUUUAUUCACAUUACAAUCCUUGUACAACCUCAGCAUUCGAUUCCGUAUGACUGUACACGGCGGGCAACGUUAUUUUCACCUCUGAGCGCAUGCUUAACCUAAGCAGCAAACCAUUUUCUUCGUAGUGACCGCCUGGUCUCAUUAGCCAUAUUUAGUAGGCUAUUAUACUAACUAUUAGGUAAUCUGUGCUAGAACCUCGUUAUUAUCUGUCACGUUGCGUUACAACUGGCUAAUGAGUAACCGGCUUUAGGGUGCGCGGACCCCUACGCGGACGCAAGCGAAGUAAAUGGGCUACUGCUUCCCAAAAUCAUUUACAAUUGCACCAUUUGCACCCGAAUUUCCAAACACUAGGGAAAAAAUCGGGUUUUUCAAU